AUGCCGCCGGAAUUAAUUCCAAGGCGGCCCGACAAUAAAAUCCCACUGCCGUCCAUAGUUUGCCCUAAGGAAUUUCUCAAAACAUGAAAUUACUCAUUUGCCCUCCUACCUACCCCGCAAUGUCUUGUUCCAUCUUCUCGGGUAGAAGAAAAAUUUAAACACAGUGCAAGGCCAACAUGGUCAUAAAAUACUCCAAGCGAUUGGCUACUCCCGGCCGACUACUAGUCAACGUGAUUCGAUUCAUUCUCCAAACCCCAGCGCUCUGCUCUGCUUUCCGGCUCCGGGGAGUGACUAAGUGAGAGAUCGAUCGAGAGCGAAAGAUUCCAAAUGGCUUCCGAAGAUAGUCAAGACCUGCGGAUUGCAAGAAUCUCAUCGGCAAUUCGAGUCAUCUCCGACUUCCCUAAACCUGGGAUUAUGUUUCAGGAUAUUACGACUCUGCUUCUAGAUCCAAAGGCUUUCAAGGACACCAUCGAUUUGUUUGUUGAGAGAUAUAAGGGGAAAGAUAUCUCUGUUGUUGCCGGCAUUGAAGCAAGGGGUUUUAUAUUUGGCCCUCCUAUUGCAUUGGCCAUUGGAGCAAAAUUUGUCCCUAUGAGAAAACCCAAUAAGUUGCCCGGGGAGGUUAUUUCGGAAGAGUACACCUUGGAGUACGGUAAAGACAUAAUGGAGAUGCAUGUAGGGGCUGUGCAAGGCGGAGAACGUGCUCUAGUAAUAGACGAUCUCAUUGCAACUGGUGGGACCUUAUGUGCGGCAGUAAGGCUAUUAGAGCGUGUAGGGGUGCAUGUGGUUGAAUGUGCCUGUGUCAUUGAAUUGCCAGAGCUAAAGGGCCGAGACCGCUUGGGAAACACACCGCUUUUUGUCCUUGUAACCUCAGCUUGAUAUCAGAGUUUUUGUGGUAGAACUGUGUGCUGCUUGGCAUGCAUAAAGCUUUUUGUAAAGCUGGAUAACCUUGAAGGACCACUUGAUUGAAGGGAGAAGCUUAGCUGGCAAUAAAGGGGCUGUUUUUAGUUUGAUUAUUGUGAUAGCUGGAAACAGUGGAUUAAAAUAAGCAUUAAUUCAGCAUUUUGGGCAAUUGAGUUAAAUGUAAUUUAUCCUCAUCUAAGUGGGGAUGGCCAAAAUCAGUGGCUGCUGUGGGGUUAAAUAUAUAGAAGCCCCUGCAUCUGUCCUGUGAGCCAGUUAUUGAAUGUAUUCGAAGAUUCGUGAGACUUGUUUCCAUUGUUACUGGUAUUCUUGCAAGACGAUUUGAUGAUGAUAAAGGUUUCAUUUCCUGAAA